AUGGCUUCCUCAGAACGGACAUUGCAAGAUCAGACAGGUCACCCUGAAGACCCUUCAGUCCGACAGGCGGCUCGGGAGUGGUCCGAAGAGGCUGAUGACACCACGGAACCGGAUUAUCAGCCGAGUCAAUCACGGUCCGAUGACGAUGAAUGGGAGGACGAGGCCGACGAAGAGGCCGACGAACUUAUGCUAGAAGCUAAUGAUAUCGAGAAUGAUAAUGUUACUUCAGCAACGGGUCAGGGUGGAUUGACGCAUAUCAAUCUCGGUGGCAUUCACAUCGAGUUCAACACAGAGGAUAUCCAGGAGGACGAAAAUGCAGACGAAGAUGAUGCAAUUGUAGUUGAAGACAAUGGGGCAGCCAAUCCAACUGUCGUUUCAAGGUCUCGAAUUUUCCAAUUACUUGCAUCGACGGGCCUGCGGGAGAUCCUCCGUGCCAAUGGGUGGCCCCCAGGCCCCGAACAGGAUGAUGACGACGACGACUACGAUGAUGAUGAAGAGCUUCUUCUCAAUACUAGGAUGAGAAGAGGUGCAAGACAUCGCAAGCCGAGAUUUGAAUGGCCAAAAGUUCCCAGUGACGAGGGCACAAAUUUGAUGAAUUCUGGCCACUUUGGUACCAAUCCGUACUUUGUGGAUCGAAUCAAAAAGCGCAAAGGGGCCUUUGCAUCAAACCUCAUGUGGCGAGAACUGGGCAUUGGCUCUCACGGUCUGCGCAUGAGGACUGACCAGUCUAUCUUUCAGAGCAUGCUACCAGGGUCCCAGGCGGACAAGAUUAUUCAUUUCGACUCCCGAAGUUACUCUGGCCAAUUUUCGGACGACGGAAACUUCUUCUUCUGCUGUGAGCAGGACUUCAAAGUGCGGAUGUACGAUACGUCAAACCCAUACCAAUGGAAGUACUACAAAACAGUCGAGUACCCAUUUGGGCAGUGGACAAUCACAGAUGCGUCGCUCAGUCCAGACAACCGCUUCCUAGUGUACAGCUCGAUUCGCAGUGCUGCCUACCUAGCCCCUACAGACCCAGAAGAUGACACGGAUCCGAGCCUCCUUGAUUUCUCGCUUGCACCGGGGCGUGCGCGUCACUAUAGCUUGGAAAGUUCGCGAUCACGAUUUGGUAUCUGGUCGCUUCGGUUCUCGGGAGACGGUCGGGAAAUAGUCGCUGGCACAUCAGAUAACUCAGUGGUUGUGUUGGACCUUGAGACUCGAACACCCGUAUUGAGUUUGCAAGACCGUCACCAACAUCAUGUGAACGCGGUUUGUUUUGGAGAUACCUCGUCCCCACACAUUCUAUACUCUGGAUCCGACGACACAACCCUGCGGGUAUGGGAUCGACGCUCCAUGGCCGAUGGUCGCGAAGCAGGCGUCUUCAUGGGCCAUACUGAGGGACUCACCUACAUCGACAGCAAGGGUGAUGGUCGCUAUGUGCUCUCGAACAGCAAAGAUCAGACCAUGAAACUCUGGGACCUGCGAAAGAUGAUGUCGGCAUCCAAGGCUGAUGAAAUUGAACCAAAUGCAUGGUCCACUGAUUUUGAUUAUCGCUUCGAAGAAUACCCAGAAUCAGACCGAGAAGCUCAUCCUCACGAUCAUUCAGUGGUCACGUUUCAUGGCCACAAGGUUCUCAAGACCCUCAUACGAUGUCACUUCUCCCCACCUGGGAGCACCAACUCACGUUACGUUUACACUGGCAGCUCGGAUGGCCAGGUUUAUGUGUAUAACAUGGACGCCACCUUAGCCGGUACGAUUGACGUGCGGUCGGCCACCAUGAACUCUCGACCACGUGGACCAGAGACCCUGGCGAAUGUGUGGGACAUGGGUGGGGACUCGACCUGGAGAACUUGUGUCCGAGAUGCAAGCUGGCAUCCCAAUGUUCCCAUGAUAGCAGCAACUUCAUGGAACGGCUGGGGAUUAUCCACUGGAACUUGCACCGUCCACUCAUGGAAUGAUGGAGCUGACAACGAUGAAGGAGACCCGCCAAUUGGGCGGAACUUCGAUCAUAAACUGAGACCACUUCCUCAUUUCAACAACUAUCGUGCUAAUGCCCCAUCUGAACGCGCACAACGACGCGCCCGACGUCCGCUUCGCAGUCGGCCUGUGGCUCGUACGUAUGCCGACGACGCCGAAGAAGGAGACGGUGACUGGUGA